AUGGCUGAUAUUGAGGAAGUCAAUCUGGACAGGGGUCGCUUCAAGGUGCUCCACUUGGAUAACACCAAAAGGCGGCUAAUUGUCGUUUUGGAGGGUGCUCAACUAGAGACGGUCAAGGUAAACGACACCUUUGAACUGCUCAACUGCGAUGAUCACGUGGAGUUUUUGCGCCAAAACCAAAGGGAUCCUGCAACCUGUCGUCCGGAUAUCACCCUUCAGACCCUCUUGAUGCUCUACGAUUCUCCCCUCCAUCGGGCUGGUCUUCUCCAGGUUUUCGUGCACACCGAGAAGGAUGUCCUCUUCGCAGUGAAUCAACAGACCCUGAUUCCCCGAACCUUCAAGGGCUUUGCCCCCUUAAUGGUGAAACUGCUGAACGAGGGUCAGGUUCUAUCCAAGGAGGACCCCACCCAAAAGCUGUUCAGUGUGAUCAAGAAUCCCAUUUCGGAUCAUCUUCCCGUGGGAUGCAAGCGGUACGCCUUGAGUGCCGCCGGCAAACCGCUGCCGAAUCUCCGGGAUAUUGUGCCAAAGGAGGAGGAUGAGCCGGUGGUCAUCGUGAUGGGAACCUAUGCCUUUGGCAACCUGAAGACCGAUUUAACCGAGGAGUUCUUCUCCCUCAGCAGCUAUCCACUGGCCGCGAAUGACGUGUGCUCCAGACUCACCACUGCAUUUGGGGAUGUGUGGGGCGUGGUUCUAGUUCAUCCUAAUAUUGUUUUUCUUAAUCUUCAGAAUAUUUGUUUUAGAAUAUAUAUUAAAUGUUUUAUUAAAAAACUGCCAAAGAAUAUACACAAUACGAAAUAA